UCUCCAUGCUCGAGCGCCUCGCGCGGUCGAGAGCCCGAGCGCCGCGCCGCCGGCCACACCCCCCGCCUUUGGCCCUUUUCGCUUGGUUCCGGCCACGCGGCGCCGCCUCCACCACCCUCCUUCCCAGUCUCCGGUGCGGCGUCGAGCUCCCCCACCACCGCCUUCCUUCCCCGUCUUCGGCGGCUGCCGCCUCCGAAUCUAGCCCCGCAGCCCGCCGCCAACAAAUCUGGCUUUGCCGAAGCGGCACCAUGAUGCCCCCGCCGCCAGCCCUCCCCGGCCGCCUUCCUCAACCGCCCGACUGGCGGCGCCCUCGCCGCUAGUCUCAGUCGCCCCCUCCCACCACCACCACCGGGCCGUCCAAGGCCCUCCCUCUAAGGCCGAAGGUGGACACCUUCCCUGACAACCCCCAAACCCAAACCCUAACCUGGCGAGGAGGAAGUUGAUGGUGGCGGCGGCGCUCUUCCCCGACAAGCUCGCACGGCGAUGAUGGUGCGGUGGAGGUGAGUCCCCUUCUUCCCCAGCCUGCCGGCCUGCUCCCGCCAUCGAGUGACGGCUAAACAAGCGUAAACACAAGCAAUUAGUACUGAACAGUUCAUGUGCAGUGCUUAUUUUUCCACUUUGAUUGUUUUAUUCAACUGAAGAACCUUUUUUCUUAUGGCUGUGAAAUGUUAUUGAUGUUUGUGUUUUGAGAACUAUUUAUUCUCAACUUUUGAUAUGUGCAAAUGUAUGGCUUAUGGAUUAUUUUGUACUUGAAUGUGAUUGGUUUCAAAUUGGGACAUUCUAUUUCCAUAUAAAAUUGGUUCAAAUUGAAUGAUUGACUGAAUCGUAUUGGGCCUAAUUUUCAUGCAUCAAAUGGGCUUGGCCCACAUGGAAAAAUCAUGACCUCAUAAUUAGGUUGGUUUGAAAUUAACCCCAAAUCAGAUUUUAAAUGGGGCCAAGCCCAAAUAAUAGCGCCAUACAAAUAAGCCUAACUUGAGUUUAUGACGAUCUGAAUCCGCCACAAACUUUGCCAUAUCAUUUUCGACUUCAACUGGCACAUCAUUUUGCCUUAUCAUCUGUCCUGUGGCAAGAUCUUAUGUGGCGUUUUGUGUUAUUUUUAAAUUGACCAAUGUCGUUUUUAGUGUCAUAACAUGUCGUGAUGUUCUAGGCAUUGUCUAAGUGAUGAUGUUUUUUGACAUUUUUUGUCGUAGAAGGUGUUUACACCUUUUCAUGACAUUUGUUUUUCGUCAAUAGGCCGUCACAGAUGCUGUACUGUGACGAUUCCUUGUAUGUUUGUGACGAAAGUUGAGUGUCAUAGAAUGCCAAAUUGCUUUUUUAGCGAUGCUUCAUACGUUGGCUUAUUUGCGCAGUUGAUUGCUGCACUGAUGCACCCCAUUCUAUUCAGUGUUUCCGCUUACUGUUUCUAUCCGUAUGACAGGAUAGUUGGAUACUUGUAUAUGGGAACCUACAACCUUCUUAGGUCAAUUGCCCAGACUGCAAUGGCAGCUGUGAUUGGCGUCACCAUUUCCGAUCGUUUUGUAAGGUUCGCCUCAGUGAUCGGUAUAUCCAUGCAUCCUACGUUCACGGCGACCAGCAGUGUGUGGCGAGGUGAUGUCAUCUUAGCAGAAAGGUGGUGCCUUGAGCAAUACAACUUCUCUCAUGGUGAUGUGGUUUUGUUCAGGUGCCCCAGCAAUCACAAGGAGUUGUUUGUGAAGAGGUUGAUUGCGCUUCCUGGAGAAUGGUUAUGGCUCCCUGGGUCCCUUAAGAUAACUAAGAUCCCCGAAGGGCAUUACUGGGUUGAAGGUGAUAAUGCUUCUUGCAGUUGGGAUUCUAGGGCAUUCGGGCCGAUUCCCUUAGGUCUGGUUCAGGGGAGGGUGACCCACAUCAUCUGGCCACCCUCAAAGAUUGGCCAAGUGGAGAGAAAGAUGCCUGAAGGGAGAAUGCAUAAAGUAGUUAAACCAUUUGGAUUGCCAUUUAUUAUCAGAUAGUUUUUGGCAGUAAUGUGUAUGGAGAUUUGAACUGUACAAGUUUUGGGGACAAUUUUGUCUAAAUUUCUUUUUAGUCACUAUGCUGCUGUUACAUAUAUACAUGUGUAAGAUCUUUUAUUUUUUAUUUUUGAGAUACUCUAGCGGAGAACUCCAACUAGGGCCAUUCAUAAAUCCUGUAAAUGCAUAGUGAAUUGCUAGAGCCCCAGUGGUUGCUAAGUGAUGCUCUAUUCUGGGCUCAUCAAAAAAA